AUGUCGACAUCCCUCACCCUCCUCGUUCGCGCCUCCCUCCACGACAGCACCUCCGGCCUCUGCCUCGUCGGGAACGUUGUCGAGCUUUCCGAGUGGGGGGCGCUCACCCCGCUCCCGCUUUCGUACGUUGAUGGCGCCUUCGAAGGGACCAUUGCGCUCCCAGCACAUACUGAGAUACAGUACAAAUACAUCCUCGCCAAUGGUGCCACGAUUGUCAGCUGGGAGGGCCCCCCCUUCCUCAACCGCAUUCUAACGACCAGGAAGCAGGGAACUGCCAUGUAUGUCGAUGACGGAGACUUUGGUUCCGAUCAGCAUGUCGCAGUACGUGUCGUUGAGCAGGAAAGAUCCGGCGUCGGUGGCAACCAACAACUGUCUAGCGACAGUAUGGGAGAGUCCCUCGGCCCCGCGUUCGAUGAUUCUUCAAUGCAUGGUGACCUUCAGGGUGUCUGUGCAGUGGAGGUCAGAACCGCCUUAAUCAACCGCGAUGAAGACGAAAGGCGUGGAAAAUUCGGACGCGAGAACUGCGUCAAAGAGCAGGAAACCGUGAGGAAACACGAUAGCUCUUCGGCUAUUGACGUCUCAGAGGGAUCGUCACCACCGUCGGAAGGCCGCGGUCCUGUUCCCGUCGCAGGUGGCGCACUUCAGGUUGAUGCACCGGAGCCCGGACAACGGACAUUGGGGUGGCGAAAGAAGGGAUCCCUCGUGCGUGCUCUCGACCUUACUUUAAGAAGCAUCGUCUCCUUCUCGAAGGACGCGUCCUUCUCGAAAUGGUUGUUCUUUGGAAAACGCGGCGAAAGAUGGAGUUGUUGAGAUGUUGAUUUUGAUUUUGUGGAGUGGCGAAAGACAUUGGGGAGGAAGUGGAGCACGCUGCUUAUGUAGAGGUUGUUACGAGCUGGGAGAUGAUGAGAUGAAAGAGAAAAGCGGAGGAGGGAGAAUGGGAAUUAACGAGAAUGAUGCUGACAAAUGAGAAAUAAUAAAGACAAAGCUCAAGGCAAUUGUCAGUUGCUGCAUGU